GAGACAUUUUUCACGAAUUCUCCUAGUGUCUGAAUAGAGUUGGUAAUCGAAUGCACACAUUAUACAUAGCGCAUUUUUUUAUUUUAAUCAUUAUAGAUCACGAAAAAUUCUUAAGCAUACAUACAUGCAAUAGUACACACAAUAUUUUUUUAGACAGGAGAAAAAAAAUUAUGAUAAACAGACAUCAAUCUUCGUAAUUUGUUCGUUUACCACUUCGUUCAAGGAAAAGCACAUCAACUUUAUGCGAAUUACCCCUAAAUAAUAAUAAUAUUGAUAACAACAAUAAAAAUGAUGUGAAAUUUGUAAAAGUGUACCUAAAAUACGAUGCAAAAUUUAGUAAAACUAAGACGAUAAAACUGAAAACUAAAACACAAAAGUUUAUUUCUUCUUCUGAAAAUGACGGCAACAAUUGUUAUGCGAGUGAGAUUUAGCUGCGAUGAUACACACAAAUAUAUAACUUGAUAAGAUUUGCUCAAAAAUUUUAUUAUUUCAUACAAACACUUUUUUCUUCUACAUAUAUAGUGAACAAACACUCAUUAUACGCAAUUAUUUUAUACGCUACAAGCAACUACAACAACAAAAACUAUUUACAUUUUAAAAGAAUGAAUUUCCUGUACAUAUACAAAACAGUAUGAAAUAAUUGGCAUCCAUAAAAAAUCAUACAAAUUCAUAAAAAACACUUCAAAGAGACAGAAAGCAAGCAAGUUUGAAAAAGGACAGCAUACGAAAGAAGAAAAAAAGAACAAAAUAAAAAUAACAAUCGCAGUCCUUAAUAUUUUACGUAAAUAAAUGGUUGUGUACUUAUGUACAUUGUACAAUAGAGUGAGAACGAUAUAGUUAUUAGUAGAAAAAAAAAAUCGGAGCAUUGAGGAUGCAUCGCAAAAUUCACGAUAAAAUUAGCCACCACAAUUUAUCCAAUAUGCAACGGCGACGAAGUGGGAUUGAGUAAAAACGUGAUUUCACCCUUGUCAUGAAUCGGGUUUUUACGGUUUGAAUUCGAACAUUUCGGUCGGUCACAAUGCUCAAUUCAAUAAAGAACUAAACAAAAAAGUGUUGAUAAACCGCUUUCGAAAAAAAAAACCAUCGACGACAACGACAGCGACGACGACGACGACGACGACGAGUGAAUUCAAUGUGAAAAUGAGAAUGGAGUUCGUUCAUCACAUGGCCACAGUUAAAAUGACAAUGAACAGUUUGGUGUGCAUUAAAUAGACGAACGAGAGACAGAGAGAAAGAGUGUGGCAGAGUAAUAUAGGCGAUUUAUCGAUUGAAAUUUAAAACAAUUACUCAAUUUAAUCACUUGACAAAAGCAUUUACGCAUAGCUGUAGGCACCGCAAUGGCAGUGGUGGUGGUGACGAUGACGAUGAUGAUGAUGAGGGCGAUGUCGAUGCCAAUUAUGAUGAUAGAUGCUGCACACAACAGUAAUUAUAUCAUCAACAACGCCGAAUUGGCGAAUUGCAUCUAGAAUAUAUACCAUCAAUAUGGACUAAAUGCCGAAUCAAUAACAAUGUGUUUGAUUUUCCAAUUUUUCUCAAAUGGUUGUGAACAUUUUAAUUUUAACUCGUGAGAUCAACAACUACUACAAUAACAAAGCCCACAAAACCAAAAGACUAAGCUACGACAUGUAAUAAAAUCAUAAUCCAUGUUUACGAAUUAAAAUAAAAUUAAAAAAAGAGAAAAAGAGAGAGAGAGAGAGAGAAAGAGAAAAACUGCAACAAAAUCAACAAACACACAAAACGAUACGCAAUAUUACGUAUAAAACUAAUUUCUCCAUCGAUAAUCAUUUCUUAAUCAUUCGUCAUUUAUUUAAGCCAAUCAACAUAAGAAAAAUUACACUUAACCAAGGAAAAAAAACAAUUUAAACAACAACAAAAAGUAUAUAUACAUAUAUAAAAUUUAUUGAUAACCAACUUAAAUAAAACUACCGUCCUCUUUUUAAAACAAAUUAAAAGAAAAAAAACACACACACACUAUUAACUGCGAAUGAGGCAAUUUCAAAAUAAAACAUUUCAUAUUUAAACUAUUAAACAAAACAGAUAAAAAAAGAAUUUUUAACCAAAUAUCGACGUGUUUAUCUUUGCUCAUUGAUCUGUAGAAAGAUUUAUUUACAAUUAUUUUUUGUAUAUGUAUACACAACAUAAAUGGAUAUAAACUGAACAGUGAGAAAGAGAGACCGAAGAAACAUUGGCAGCAGGAGCCAAAAGUAAUCAAAUCAAAAGCUAGCUAGCUGUUAGAGCGUUUUUUUCCUAUCCUUUGUUUUUCUUUUCCAUUUCCUUUUCAAUCGCAACGAUAUAUUCACUUGAAUAAUAAAUCUUUGAUCAUUGCGUGCGCGGUUAAAUCCAAACGCAAAUAUAAAAAGAAAAAAAAACAAAUCAAGUAGCCAAAGUUUUAAACGGGGAAUCAUAUAAGUUGUGGUUGGCACACAGCUUGAAGUGUUGAAAAUCAAAAGCAAAACCCAAAAAAGGGUGGUUUUGCCAGAGAAUAAAAAAAAAGAAGGAUAAACUGUAAAAAGGACGUGAAUCGAAAAGAAAAACGAACGCGAUACAACCGUAAACAAUGUACAAAUAAGUGACGGAGUACGAGUGAGAUUUAAAUUGGACGAACCUUUUUUUUCUGCUUCGGUUGACAAGUGUGAACUUUGACAUAAAAUCCGCCACCGUCAAUUAUAUCGCACAUAUACACACAAAACACCCACAAAACACAUAAACUAAUCUCGAAUUAUCAUUUCGUGAUCCAUCAAAGUGGCAGACAACUAUUCGAUCACAGCAAUCUGAAAGCCGUUCAUUGCAAUUCAGAUAAUAAAUAGCACCUUGAUUGACAACUAUACUGCUCAGGACGCACCAAAUAAAGGACUUAAUUCAAUAGGUUAGCUUCGUCUCCUUUUUUUUCGUGUGAUCCCGUUCGUUUUCUCCUGUGCGAAGCAAGUUUUACCAGCCAAGUUCUACUCCAAAGACGGAUACCUUCAACGACGUAAUCUUUCAAUGGCUGCAGUAAAUUCGGUUCAAGGAGGCCUUCGACUUCCUUUAGCUGGUAUCGCAUCGCCGAGGCUUUUGAUGUGUAGCGCAUCGAUGGGUGCAGAAGGUUCGGUAACACUUCAAUUACGAGAGGCAGUCGAAGCGCCCGAUUCAAGUGGACAAUCUGACACAACCGCACUGACUAUCGGCUAUCCAGAGACAGAUCUUUUAGCUGACAUACAAGGAUCAAUACAGGCUACAGUCGGUAGCGUAGUCAAUAAAAGCUCGGUGCAAAGCAAUGGAACCGUUACCGUUACAACCGUGCCAGUCACAACGACCAAUGGCAUUGGCAACGGAAACACCAACAGCAACGUGAAUCGUAGCCAAUCAUCGAACUCAAAUGCCAAAGAAAAUGUGGUUGCAACUGCUCCAAACACAACAGCAACAACAACAGCAGCAUCAGCAACAGCAGCAACAGCAGUAACAGUGAAAAAAUCCAGGCCGAAAACAUCAUCACCAACACGACAUGUUGGACCCCAACAAUGCCAAGUUUGCAGUAAAGUGUUCGGGAAUGCGUCCGCGCUGGCAAAACAUAAGCUUACUCAUAGUGAUGAACGAAAAUAUGUGUGUGGCAUGUGUUCAAAAGCAUUUAAACGACAAGACCAUUUAAACGGUCAUAUGCUGACUCAUCGUAAUAAAAAGCCAUACGAGUGCAAGGCAGAAGGUUGUGGUAAAUCCUAUUGCGACGCAAGAUCGCUAAGACGACACACCGAGAAUCAUCACAGUACGGUAGCAACGACGCCAACCACCCCAACCCAAUCGAUUUCAUCAACCGGUCCACUUGGUGGUCUGAGUUUGUCGCCAGCAACCGCAAGCGGUGAUGCAAGCUCUCCGCAUGGCUCUAAUUGUUUGCAGUUUAAUGGUAAUGGUGUGGGAGGAGAUGGAUCGAAAUCGUCGUCGCCGAGCUUACCAGCUGCUACAAGUAAUGAGGGACUUUCACGUCAGCAGCUUGAUCUCAUUAGUCAGAUUAUGCAACAAACCAAACCGAACAUGAGUCUGACUUCAGUCAACCAACAAAAUGGUCAAAAAUCCAUUCCGCGCCCAAGAACCUGGAACAUUCAGACACAACUGCAACAAAAUCAAACGAAAACUGACGUGGAUACGGUAAACAGAACAUCGAAUGCGUCUACAACACCACAAUCAGCCGCUGCGAACGCGGUGAAAACGGAGCAAAAACCCGUUGAAUGCAAUUUGUGCCAUCGAAAGUUUAAAAAUAUACCCGCUCUAAAUGGUCACAUGCGAUUGCAUGGCGGAUACUUUAAGAAAGAUGCUGAAGCGAAAAAAUGUGAUAAAAAAGAGACACCUGGACCACCAUUGCAGACUGCAAGCGUUGGCAUUCGGGCGCUGAUCGAAGAGAAAAUCAUUAGCAAGCGAGGAAAAGACAUACUCAAAAAUUCAUUUGCCGUACCUGCGCCGCCGACAUUAUCACGACGAUUAAUCGAUGCGGAUAAUUUUGUUACAGCAAAAACUCUGACAACAACGAAUGUUGUUACGCCAAAUCAUGUGGCAAAUACCACCAGUUCGAUUCCUGUGUGCCAAACGACAACCAUGACAAAUAUGACCCCAACGACAAUUGCCAAGAAUUCCAUUGAGACGAAAGAUGCCACGCUUAUCGAACUACUGAAACGCGGCACAAAAGUGGCAGUCAAAUGCAAUUCAAACGAUCCACAUGGCAGCACUCUGACAUUCAAACCAAACCCCACGCAAUCAGCAACUGUCCUAUUGCCAUCGAAUGUGUCCGUUUCGUCACCAGUUACACCGACCACCAGCCCAUUGGCCAUCUCAUUGUCAAAUAAUUCCGUAAAAAACACUCCACUUGCGCUCACCAUUUCCCAAAAUGCAAACGGAUCCAGCGAUGUGUACACAUUGGCCUACUCAACGGGUUCCACAUCAACGUUCUUCAAUGAAAACGAUGUGUACAAUGUACCCGACACAGCGAUGCUUCUGCAAGCCGUCGAUUCCAUUCAGCUUUUACAAAAUUCCACCGCAUCAUCACAGCUUGGUGACAUUUCAACAAUUGGUGAAUACGCUUUGGCCGACGGUAGCGAUUUAAGCGAUGCUAAUCUGUUGUCACAGUACACACCAUCUCGGCAACUGCAAGCCGUGCUCAAUUCACCGUUGCCCGAAAGUUUGGCCGAAUUUAGCGCACUUCAUUCCAAGGAUUUCGUACUGUAUGGCACCGAAAGUGAAAACGAUGAUUCGCCCACGGCACAAACAUCCAAUUCACCAUUGCCUACAUCACCACUGUCGUAUCCAACACCGCCAGCCAGCCACGAGGGAAUCACACAAUCAUCACCGUUUCUCGAUGAUACGCAUCAUUUUGGUGAUGCCAAUUCAAUCUUCGACGAGAAGAAAAACAUCAGUUUUCUCGAUGAAAAUGGACUGUUCAAAGACAUUAAAGACUCACGGCUCAGCGAUUGCGAGCAAAUUUUAAAACUAAAACAUGAGCUUUUCAACGACUCCAAAGUUGUUAUGGACGACACAUUGUACUUUAAGAGUGAGGUCAAACAUGAAUACGAUUCCAAGGGUGAUCUCUCUGAUGCAAACAAUCACACCAACAAUAUCGACGAGUUCAAUCAAAAUCUGUCGUUCCUUGAUGAGUCCCGAAAUUUCCUCGAAGAUAGCCGUAAUCCGUCGUCACCGUUGUCAGCCGCAUUCUUCACCGGCACAAUGUCUAGCGCCGAAGAGGUAAAAGAAGCGCUGCAAGAAGUGUUGCCCAACGAGAGUAUCACAUGUGAACAGAACAACGAUAUUGAUCUGUAUUAUUUACCAUCGGCCGCUUUCCAAUCGCAAAUGAUGCUCAACUCAGACGAUCCGCUGCUGUCAUCUUCACCGAAAGAUUUUAUCAUCAAACAUCCCAUCAAUCGAUUCGAAUUCGAUUCCGGUUCAAGUGCAAAGAAGCCAAAAUUGGAUGCUGGAAUCAAUGUGGUUGAAAAAAGUAAAAUACUAAUCACAAAUCAAAGCGACAAAAUGUCAAACGAGACAUUUUUGAGCCCGUCCAAUUUGCCAAUAAGUACGCAAGUGGCUGCAGCAGUUAGUAAUAGCAACACCAUUGAGUUUUCUCAGCCGCUUGCAAGAGAAACGCAGCAAUGCUUAAUGAAAACUCCACACGUGAAUGUUCGACGAAAUGUUGUGUAUAAAUCGAUUUUACGAAAAUCCUCCGCUCCAUACUACACCCCAUCGCCCAUCCUCGAUCCGAAACGAAACUCACCCGGUUUGUAUGCGGAAAUAUCGAAAGAUGCCACCACCGAGGAUAUGAUUGACUUUGAAUUUGCCGAAAGUGCAUGUGUUCCGGAGUUUAGCCGGAAAUUUAAAGUAAAUAUUGGUUCGGAUUUCCAAGCCAUAAUUCCGUCAGCGGAACUGAAAACCGGUUACGAAUGGAGCGAGGAAAAAGAGCGUGAACAAUUGUUGUGGAAACCAAACGUUUUGCAAAAUGACAAGCAAAUUCAGCGUUUUGUCGAGCUGGCCAAAUCGAGUGCGGUGCCAUUGGUGUGCCACUCCGAGGAGAUGGCAUUGAAGGCGUUACACGAUGCAAAUGGUGACAUUCCAAAUGCAAUUUUGAAAAUGUUACAAGAACCACCGUCAUCCAUUCACAAUCGAUGGCAACCACAAGAAGUCGAAACUUUUCUUAAUGGCCUCGAAAUGCACGGAAAAAACUUUUAUAAAAUUUCCAAAGAGAUUCCAUCGAAAACGACUGGCAACUGUGUACAAUUCUACUAUUUUUGGAAAAAGCUUUGCGUUCACUACAAAAGCACACAUCUAAGUUCCGAACUCAAUUCUACCAUGGAUGGACACUCUCCAAAUGUAAUAAAUCAACAAGAAUCUCGCCCGCAUGUCUGCGAAAUGCCGGAUUGCUCAGCCAGCUUCACAUCAAAAGCAGCGCUGCACGGUCACACACGAAUUCAUUGCAUUGGGCGGAGUACAAGCACAUUUUCAUCCAGCACGGCCAAUGGACAAAGUUUGUCAGGUACUUCAAUUGCUUUAAUCACAAAGGAAGAUUUUCCCUGCAAGGUGUGCGGAAAGAUAUUUAAUAAAGUGAAAAGUCGUAGCGCACACAUGAAGUCACAUCGAGCACAAGAGACGGAAACGAGCGCAAAUUGAAUGUGUUGUAUUUCAACGCUGUAUUACGAUGGAAAAAAAUGAAGAUUGCCACCACCACCGUCACCAGCGCCACCGUUGCUGCUGCUAAUGUUGCUGCAUUGACCAAAAGCUGAUUGUUGGAGGCCUAAACUAAACAUAAAACGUAGCAUAGUUGCGAUUUUUACGAAAUUACCAUUUAUUGUGUAUGACAGCAACAAGCACACACACACACACACACUUCUUACAUUAUAUUUGAAUUGGAUACAGCAGAACAAAAAUCGAAUUGGAUUUCCAAAAGAACAGAAACAACUUCAUUUAGCGUAUAUUCUUGAAAAAUUGACAAUCUGAUUUAUUUCUUUUAUAAGGUGAAUAACAAAAAAAAAACUUUUAAUUGAUAUUGUACCGAAGCAAGGUAACCAAAAACAACUUAUUAUUAAACAAAAACCAACAGAACGAGAUUAAAGUGAAUAUUAUAGAAAUCUAACUGAAAACUUAGACACUAAUUGUACAGUAAAAAAUGUAUUUUUUUAAAACUGCAACAAAUAUUGUAAUGAAAUGAGUGAAAUUAAAGCGAAAAAACGAAAAAAAUGUUCAGUAUUAUUCCAAGUGUUUGCGACAGAAGAGCUGCGCAAACGCCCCCGUCAUAAAUCAAAUGAAAUUUGGAAUAAAUAUAUAUGCAAUAGCAGAUACUUUCAUGUCUUGUGAUGUUUUUAAAACAAAAAAAUAAAAAUAACAGAAUAAACAAAUAUUUUAAUAGCCAAAUGAAAAACGAACUCCGAAAUGGUUGGAAUUUUAAUUCCGGUACACUGUUUUCAUCAGUGUCCAAAACCUAUUGUAGAUCAAAACGAACUCUAGUGUCAUCUGAUGAAAAAGAAGAUCAAAUCAAACUUAUAUUUAUAAGUUGAAGAAGAAGCAAAAAAAGAGCAAAAGAUCGUUGAUUGUCGCACAUCUCAACUAGUAGUGAUCGUGUUUUGGGCAAAUCAACAAUGCAUUUUUGAAUUUAACGCAACUGAAAUUUGCGUAAAUUUUUAAUGUAUAAUUUCGAGUCACAAUGACACAUAAUGCACAUAAAUAAGCUGGCUCAAAUCUAUGCUAGUCAAGCAUAAAUAAAACAAAAACAAAAA